CAGUAUGGUUAUACCCUGCCGCGUUGAUGGAUCGCCCCCGCGACUUGCACCCUGCUCACGGCGUGCCGACAUACCCAGUCGGAGUAGUGCAGAUCGCAGCUCCCCAGUCCGUCGUAAAUCUGGAAGUACUCAUCUUCUUGUCGAACAUAAGAAUUCACCCACUCUUGGCAUCUGCAUUGGCAAAGAUAGUCGAUGAUACGGACAGUCGGGGUGCCCUUGGCCGCGAUGAUGGUGCAAUUCGCCAACUUCUUUCCAUGAUUCUGAGCGAUAAUAAGCAUGUUGUCCAGCAAGCUUCGCUAGCACUAUCUUCAAUAUCUGCUGAGGCAGACCAUGUGUCACGCCUAAUCAAAGCCGAUGUGCUUCAGUGCGUAAGGUCUGUACUUCGCUCAGAGCAGCCCGAGAUUCAGGUGCCAGGAAUACGGAUUGUUGCCAGCUUGGCUUUCUCAUCAGAUGCAGUGCCAAUUCGUGUUUUGCGCUCAGAUAUCUUCACUCGCCUAAGGGACCUUUGCAUGUCUGAGCAUGUGCACGUUCAGCGGGAGGCUCUAAUAGCCAUGGGCAACCUUGCAUUCUCCAGUGAGUGUAGGAGGUUGAUGGCAGCUACCGAAGGCUUGAGGGCGAUGCUCUUCCGGCUUGCAACAGUUGGGAAUGGCAGAAAUGCCAAGAGCACGGAGCAACUCAGAAAAGCGGCCACACGCGUCCUCGCGAUUCUCGGGGAGAACGAACUUCUUCGACAAGCUCUACAGGACAAGCCAAUCUCUAGGAGAGGAGUCCGAAUUCUGGCCAUGGAUGGGGGAGGAAUGAGAGGAAUGGCGACAGUCCGGAUGCUCCGGAGAUUAGAGAAAGGGACUGGAAAGAGAAUAUAUGAGUUAUUUGAUUUGAUAUGUGGCACCUCAACGGGAGGAAUGCUGGCGGUGGCUUUGGCUGUGAAAAGAUACUCACUUGAUCAGUGCGAAGAGAUCUACAAGUCAUUGGGGAAAGUAGUUUUUUCAGACCCUGUGCCUAAGGAUGCAGAAGCCGCGACUUGGCGUGAGAAACUCGACCAAGUCUAUAAAAGUGGGGCAAUGAAUAUCAGAGUGAUUAUGCAUGGUUCAAAGCACAAUUCAGAGGAAUUUGAGAGGCUGCUCAAGGAAAUGUGUCGGAAUGAUGAGGGAGACCUCCUUAUUGAUUCAGGACUCCAGGGAGGGCCCAAGGUUUUUGUUGUUGCAUCACUCGUCAGCGUGACACCUGUUCAGCCCUUCUUGUUUCGGACAUAUCAGCAUCCUCCAGGCACUCCAGAAUCUGCGCUCGCUGCAGCUUCAAAUCCUCUUACGCCAACUGGGACACCCACAACAAGCGAUGGUGCGAAGACAGGCACUCCGUUCAGCAAAGCUCACGCACCAGUCAGUGCAGGGAAAGGGGCUUUCAUGGGGAGUUGCAAGCACCACACCUGGCAAGCAAUACGAGCCUCGUCAGCUGCGCCCUACUAUUUGGAUGAUUUCUCUUGCGACAAUAGUCGCUGGCAGGAUGGAGCUGUGACGGCAAACAAUCCUGCUAUAAUUGCACUCAGAGAAGCCAGACUUCUAUGGCCCGACUCUCCGAUCGACUGCCUGGUCUCUUUUGGCUGCGGUGCAGUUCCUAUAAAGCCUCGAGGGAAGUCCUGGCGGUAUUUCGAUACUGGGCAGGUGCUGAUUGAGAGUGCAUGUAGUGUGGAGCGGGUGGAGGAAGCCCUUGACACACUCCUUCCAAUUUUGCCAGAUCUACAUUACUAUCGUUUUAACCCUGUGGAUGACAGGUGCUCCAUGGAGCUCGAUGAGACGGACUCUGCUGUUUGGAACAAACUAGAAGCGGCAGCACAGGAGUAUAUUGAGAACAAUGACGAAAUGUUUGAGACUGUGUGCAAACAACUUGUGCUGCCAUUGCUAGAAGAGGACAAUGAGGGCAACGGCAUAGACGGGGACGAGGAUCUUGCAAAGAAAAGUGCAACGAGGGUUACAUCUGGACGAGAGACUUCUACUAGCAAUUGCGAAGACCUUUUCGAGGAAGAAGGACCGUUCUUAGGAUGGCGCCGAAAGGUGUUCAUAGCAAGGUCUAGUGAGAAGACAAAAAGCAGCAAGAGGAGGGCUUCACCACGUAAGGAUUCUGGAGACAUGGUUAAGAAAUUCCUUAAGCAGCACAAGCUUGGAGUUGAGGUUCACGUGUGUGAACCUGUCGGUGGUGAAGUGACGGGGUCAACUGCAGUUGAUGACAUGAAGACCGGCAUUCAAUUUGGAGCUUGGAAAAGCUGCCCCCGAACAGAUCAAGCGGGAGGAGGGCAUCCGGGAGGUGUUGACACCACCAAUGGCACUCAUGUGGGGCCCGGUGGAUCGAUCGAUCUCUUUGCUGCGAGUGAACCCUUAAAGAAAGCAGGAACUGUUGCCAUCCCUGUUGGCUCUGCCACCGGUACAGCAAGUGCGGAGAAGGCAGGUAUACCUCUGGCGGUUGCAGGUCGGCAGUCGUCAGGUAUCAAGCCAAAGUCCUCCCCAGCAUCACCCCCUCUGGUAUCCUCUAACUCUUCGCGACGCAGCCAGCAUUCCUCUCCUGGCGCAGGCUUACACUCGUCACCCAAGCCACAUAUGCCCAGUUCCCCUCCCGAAUUAUCCCUCUCCCGCCCUCUUUCCCCAAGGUCGGAUGGCCUGCCGACCGAUCUUCUUCCCUCCGCACAGCAACUUUAUGAGCACCUGUCUGCGUCUCCUCUGGUCGGCAUCAUCCAUUUGGACAUGGAUUGCGGUGAACAGGGCUUCAUAAUGACUUGGCAGAGCGACAUAAUCCCAAUCAUGGAGCCGGGAGAGGGAGCAACAGCUUUCUUGACGUCAGCAAUACCUGCUGACCCCUUGGGAUCAUGGACUUCCGCAGCUCUUGGUUCGGAGCUUGGCCCGGGCCUUGGCGGCGAUGGUACCCACCUGAAUAUGGCUUCUUUGAUCUCAACAACUCAGCAGGUGUUGGUCAAUGGCGUCCUUCACAACUUUGUCGGUCGCCAUACGCAGGUCCUGCAUGAUGGACAGGAGGUUGGUGCAUACUUGUUUGAACGCACUUAUCCGCUUGAGAAGCUUGCGGCAGAUGAUGUGUGCAAAAUGAUCGGAGCGUUUCAGAACCGUUUAGUCGUUUGUGGGCGGGCGAAGCCUGUUCCUCGUGCCAUUAUUGAUGAGUUUCUCAUGUGUGGAGCCAAGUGCGUCGUCGCCAUUCCAAAGCACGAUAGACAUGCCUUUGACUUGAGUUUCCGUGGGAUAGGCGACAUGGGUGAAACGAGCGAUCAUCGGGGACCAUCCGGCGAGGAUAAGGGUGGGCAUCCGGAAAAGGUAAGAGACGACUGGCUGAGUGAAGAUGGCCAAAGUGAGGAUGGAGAUGAUGCCGGAGCGGGUACACUCAGGCCGGUUGAUGAGAUAUUCGGUAGUGUGAGCGGGAGUGAAGAUGACGAGGACCCGAGCCGUCAUGGUCGGAAGCCGUCUCCUCUUGGGAAUGCUCAGUUUUUGGCCACUCCGGAAUGGGGAGGACUGCACACGCACGCUCCUAGGAGUCUGGGGAAAAAUGCGCUGGGGGAGAGAGGGGUUGAUGGGGAAAUUGUCAAUCUGGGUCCAUUUUGGCAAACGUUUUAUAAGAAUGUUUUUUUAGAGAAAAGGGGGGUCAGCUAUGUUCUGCAAGAUCUGCCGGGUUUUCGAAGCUGGUUUACAUUGCGAUUCAUGUUAGCGGCGACCUAUCAUUUUGAGUUCGUUAUAUGGAGCUGGAAGAGGUUCUUUCUAUUGUUGAGAAUAGUGGAGAGGUGUGUGGUUCCCUUCUGUGGGUAUUUUUCAGAGCUGUUAUGGAUAAUCACAUGGAGAUGCAGGACUGGCCCAUGGACGUUAGCGGAGGCUGCCGUGGCACCAGAAAUGUCGAGACCACCGUGUGAAACAAUGUGAUCGGUCUGGGUUGUAUACACAUUUCCUUGUCAUCAUUCUGACUCUUCUGAUAGCUCAGUUGAUGAUUCCGGGGGUUGUAAUCAUUCUUUGCCACCGAUGUGGCAACUGCGGGCUCUAGCAACAUCUCAUCUACUGCUGCUCAGCUUGCAGGAGACGCACAGCAAUCAACCAGUCAAAGGAGGAUCAGGAACCAAGGAACCUGCAGCAAGGAAAUGAAAGAACCAUUGUCCAAGGAAUGAGGGCCGACGGAGCCAAGGAUGGGUGGGACGAAAGUGGUGAAGGAACCAAGAGACAAGGCACCAAAUGGACCACACAGGCACCAGGAGGCCCGGCAGAAGAAGGUCAGGCCCUGAGAGACCAAGACGGGAACAAGAGACCAGGAACCACAGACCCAAUGGGCGGAAUUGGCGAAGGAACCAAGAGACCGAAUUACCACUCAGGCCCUGAGGAACCCACAGACCCAAUGGGCGGAAUUGGUGAAGGAACCAAGAGACAAGGCACCAAAUUACAACUCAGGCCCUGAGGGACUAAGCGGGAAGGAGAGACCAGGAACCACAGUCGAGGGAUGAGGGACCAAGGAACCAGGAGCAAGAAAGAAAUGAAGGAACAAGAGUAAAAGGUAGUCGCGGCGAAGGAUUCAAUGACCCGAAGGACGAAAUUGGUGAAGGAAACAAGAGACAAGGCACUAAAAUGACCACUCAGGCACCAAGAGGCCCAGGCAGAGGAAGUCCACUCCCUGAGGGACCAAGUCGGGAACGAGAGACCAUGCUUGGGAUCCAAAGGGAUGAAUCACCGCCUUCCACCAAGGAGACCAGGUAGCAGAGGACUAGGCACCUGGGGACAUGGCACUGAGCUUGGGGGCCAAGAGAAUGGGAAGUUAGUGUAUGCUUGACUAGGGACCAAAAGACAAGGCACCAAAUGGCCACGCAGGCACCGAGAGGCCAGGCAGAGGAAGUUCAAGCCCUCAGGUACCAAGAUGGGAACAAGACAGGAACCUGCGGACCAUGCUCGGACUCCAAGGGACGAAUCACAACCUUCCACCAAGAGACCAAGCUCAGGCAGCAAUAAACUGGGAACCUCAGGAGACUAGGUACUAGAGGACUAGGCACCUGGGGACCUGCCAUGGAGCAUGGGCGCCAAGAGAAUGGGAAACUUGGAGACCAGGUACUGAGGGACCGAGCUUGGGGGCUGCUUGGAGAGUGAGUGACUACCUUAGGCUCUGCAGCAUCCAGGCUUGAGUAUGUGAAGCAUAGCCAACUGCACCCAGGCUAUGGCUAUUGGCUAUUAGCUAUUGGGUAGCUUCACUAAGUAUGUACGCACCACGGCAUCCAGGCCGGACUUUGUGAAGCAUACCCAAUAGUGAAAGCCAACAGCCAUAGCAGGAUGCACUUUUUUCCAGACAAGUGCCAAGUGGUUCAAUAGUGAGCGGCAGUGUUCAUAUAUGGAAACUGCAAAUUUGGUGGUACCAAGCUCAUGGAGGGAGAGCUGGUAUGCAUCUUCAUUCCAGGUAACUACGAGUCUCAGGACAUACUCAGACUAGGACCUUUUCCACUGAGAUCUGGACCUCAUUGCGGUCAGAUACAUCCCAGGCUGGCCGUAAUUAGGGUGAGGUACAUCUAGGAAAGCCUUUGUGCGAGUGAGGCCGCAGUUUGAUCAUUGGGCUGAUUUACCUUGCUGUAUACCGCCGGCUGGCCCGGCGUCUCUGCCUCCUACGGGUACCGGGAUGGAUGGCCCUGGAAAUGGAUGUGCUCAGAGAUUGGUAAAACUGGCUUUCUGUAAAUAAGAACGCAGUUUCUGUGUUUGGGGUCAAUGUCAGCACGAUGCUGUACCUGGACAAGAGGUUUCGGUCAUUGUGUUCACAGAUGACGAGGCUGCUAUUUUGGCUGCGGACCCUUUUUGCAAUUUCUUUUUUUUUUUUUUUUUUUUUUUUGGGAACAAAGCUCCAAUCUAUUU